AAUCGACACUGUGUUUUAUGGAACAGUCAGCAUUAUUUCAGACAAGACAACCCCAGUAGCUUUUGGCAGUGCUGUUCAUCUAACCUGCACAGCAGAUGAUGAUGUCGUCCACAGCGUGGAAUGGUACCAGAUGCCGCUGAAUAGUAUUGCUUAUGCAAACUCCAAACGGAUCGACUCCAACUCCUAUGUUCGAGACGCUUACAUGGGUGGAACAUUGUCCCUUGAUAUUCCGGAUUUCCAAAGUGAACAUGUUGGCGUUUAUCUGUGUGUCAUCAACUGGUGGUCUGCAGUGGCUAAUGUGACAUUGGAGGGGCCAGAAGCUCUUGCAGCAACGACUUCAGCCCCAACGACGUCAGCCCCAACGACGUCAGCCCCAACGACGUCAGCCCCAACGACGUCAGCCCCAACGACGUCAGCCCCAACGACGUCAGCCCCAACGACGUCAGCCCCAACGACGUCAGCCCCAACGACGUCAGCACCAACAACUUUGGCUCAGAUGGCUACACAGCUGUCAACAUCUCUGCACACAAGCCCAAAACUAUCCUCGGCCCCACAAACUGACCCAUCUGGCACCGUGCACACGUUCUCGCCUGGCCCAUCAACCCUCCAGAGCGGAGUGAUGCCCUCGUCUGCACCAACACCUGCAGAGCCGAUCACGGCAGGAGAGGAAACCACUCCUGCUACUUCGCCAUCCGUAGAAGGAGGGAAAACCACAGCUACGACUGGCACAAAAGAUAAAUUGUCUCAUACUGAGGGCCCUUUAACAACUGAUGCCUUACCCACUGUUACUCCAUCGUGGUGUGCACUUGGAGAUGUGCACACUCUACAGGAAGCGAUUGCCUGUGGCAAAACGAGUCGCAUCGAUGUCGAGCCGGGCAAGCUGACCGAUGACAAGAAAGUUGAACUGGUGAACUUCUUGAAGUUUGUUGUGUCACAACCCACUCAUCAGGAACUCAAAACUUACUCAGAGACUGCUGCGGUUACCAAGACUGUGCUGAUGGUGUUUACAAAACUGACAGAUGCAGACCAAAAUUUGUCAGUCCAAGAAGAAGCCGAGAUUGUAGCUGACACUGAAGAGGCUUUGAAAGUUUUGGCCGGGACGCUGCUACCCAAGACCUGUGCAACUCUUGGAUAUGAUGGCAGCAGUGUCAGUCUGUGCAACUCUCCCACUCUCAGUCUCUUGAGCGGGUACACAUUCACUCACCAGGUGCCAAUUAGCUACGAUGACUCUGGUGAUGUCAUCACUACCUUUGAGGAGAGCGCAGAGUUUGACUUGUCAAAGAUGGAUCUAGAUGCAAAGAAUGUGAGUGCGGUUAUCCUGAGGAAGAUGCGUCCCUCCUACAUGAUCGACCAGAUCAAAUUUUGGGAAUCAACCGACAAUCUGCAGGCACCCAAUGAGACUUGGAUACAGCUCAACAGUGCCCUACUGACAUUGUCUCUAUUUGUGCAAGGCAAUCGUACCUCAGUGCCGGUGACAUUCAGCCUAUACCAUCUUGAGAAUCUGAAGGGGGAAUCUCGGACAGGCGAGAGUGCAACAGUCAACAUCAGCAAAAACUCCAUCUGUGCAUUUGUGGACGACAAGGAUGAUCAAAAUGUGCAAUGGUCAGCAUACGGUUGCAAAGCGGUAUCGCCCAGGUCAACCAACGAACAUACAUAUUGUUCCUGUAACCAUUCUACAAACUUUGCUGUUCUCAUGCAGGUCAAGUCCUAUGAGAUUUCUCACGCCGACUCGCUGGCUCUCACCUGGAUCACGUACAUCGGGUGCAGCACCUCAAUGGUCAUGCUCGUGCUGAUGUUAGCAGUGUUCCUGUAUUUGGGGAGAAUGCUGCGGUCUGACCGGUCUUUCAUCCACACCAACCUGUCUGUUGCCAUCUUGGUAGCUCAGAUCCUCUUCAUUGCUGGCAUUGACAGAACUGAAAACAGGGGUAUAUGCAAAGCCAUAGCCCUAUUGCUCCACUUCUGCUACCUGUCGGUGUUUGCCUGGAUGCUGGUGGAAGGGGUCCACUUGUACAUGAAGGUCGUCAAGGUCUACGGCAGCGAGAACAUCAAAAUGUACCCCUACCUCUUCAUUGGCUGGGGCAUUCCCCUUGUCAUCACUUUGAUCUCAUUUGGUGCCAGCAAUGAUGGCUAUGGCACGGGGAAUAGCUGUUGGCUUGACACUUCGUCUGGUCUCAUCUGGGCUUUUGUGGCCCCAGCUCUCCUUGUCAUAAUGAUCAACCUGAUAGUCUUAGCUAUGGUUGUGCGUAUUGUGAUCAAAUCGGCCCACCUACGUCAGGAGAAAAAGUAUGAUCACAUCAAAGCGGGCAUCAAGGGCGCCCUCACCCUCCUGCCUCUCCUGGGCCUGACCUGGGUCUUUGGACUGCUGGCCGUCAACAGCGCCACCAUCCUGUUCCAGUACCUCUUCACCAUCUUCAACUCCUUCCAGGGGCUCUUCAUCUUCUUGAUCAACUGCGUCUUCAACUCGGAGGUGAAAACUGCAUUUGUUCGCAAGAGGGAAAAGCAGAAACUGGCCCACGAAAGAGACACACUGGAGCAUUCCAUGUCCUUCGUGUACUCAUCCAAGAAGGCCACCAGCGCAGACAACAGCUCCAACACCAGGCAUCAGCCGGCUGAUGAACACACUCGGAAAGAGCAGUACACCGACCUCACCUCCCUCCGCUCAGACUCACCUUCCAGCCGGCCAGGGAGCGGCACAGCCCUCCUUGAUGUCACUCAACGAAAGCACUUGAAGCGACCACAUAGUGGUAAAGUUUCCCCAAUGCCAAUCAAAGACGUGGAUGAUCUUGAGACCAUCUGAUGGCCGCCCCGACAUGUGCAUUUGCAUCGGACAGAUAACACCACCAGAGAGUGAAGAAGUAACUAUUUCCAAAAAACGAGACACGCAUCUUUCAUUGAUUGUCUAAAAACUGCAGAGAUCGGUUGAUUGAAAAAAAAAGAAGUAUUGGUGACAUUUGAGAGCUUUUAAGAUAACUAUUGUGGUUAGGAAUUUGAUGUUGAUGCCGCAUGGCUGAAAAAUAACGUUGUCCCUCCGUACAUAGAGCCUCUUGUUUUAUUUUGAAAAAGACACACAGUGAUUGAGAAAGAUAUGCAUUAUGGUAAGUUAACAUUCAUUUCUCAUUUUACUUCUGAAAAUACUUUCAUGUACUCACGAUGCACGAAGUGAGAGUAAACCAGAUGUGGUUAAUAGAAAUAGGCCUACAUGUAUGUUAGGAGGUUAUGAAUACUCCAUGUCUUAAGCCGCAGUUAACCUUUUUAAUAUAAAAAUAUAUUUAGGAACAAGUUUAUCUGUAGUGUAAGGAGUUAUAAACCUAGCACUGGUGUGAAACACCUCAAUUCCUGUAAUAUAAAAAUGUAUCAAACUAUGAGUCAUUUUGCUUGUGAGCAAGUUCACAAGUGUGACGUUUUAGUCGGCUAUUGUAAUAUUUUGAUAUUCCGCUUUUGUUGCUCUAACCAAAGUAAGAAUUUGUGGAAAAAAAACGAGCCUUAUUAAGAUAUCAAGAUGUAGGAUUUGAUGGGUGGUGUAGUGAAUUAAUUGCAUUUCUUUUUAAAAGAUAUUUAUAUGUAGAUUGUUAUGAGUGGCAUGAAUGUAAAAAUAUGUAUAGUGAUUAUCAACAAACUGCACUUUAAAGAAUACUUUUCUGUACAUGAGAUACAAAACUGUUCAACUUACUAGUGACAAGUGAUCGAAAGCAGUUGAUUGUAUAUUGAAAGCAAUAUUUUUCGAAUAGCAUAUAGUGUAUAUUGCAGUUUAAAAAGUAUAUUAAUACUUAUUUAAUAAUGCAUAUUUAAUUUAUGUCAGUGUAUUGUAUCAACAGUGUAUAUCUUCCUUUUAGGAAUAUUUUGGCAUGGAAGUUAAUUAAAAACAACUAACAUGUAGUUGCACUUUUCGAGUUCAUCUUGUGAAUUUCAAACAGAACAUUAGAAUUUUGGCUCAUGUUUAUGUUAGUGUCGCAGAUAAAUGAUGUGGUCACAUUUACAUAGUGAUGUUAUUUCUUAUAUUUCACUUUUAUGUUGGUCCAAAAAGAGAGAUACCUGGGUUGACUAGUUUAGUUCUGUGAAAUUUUGCUGAGUACCAAAAAAGUGUUGAAUGGAAUCAGAUACGAGAAUGUUUCAACUUGUUUCUGAUUAUAAACAAGAUACUCAAUCUUAAAAACCACCAACUUGAAGAUAUGAAAUGAAUACACUUUGAUCGACAACUAAAAUCAGUGUUUAUUUUUCUCGGCCAUUAGUCAAGUUACUAAAAUGUUCCGAUUUCAAACGUAGAAUAUUCAAAGUGAAAACGUUGUGUGGGUACGGGAGCGUAUAAGGGGCAUUUGAAAAAAAAAGUGCUAGUUUCUCACAGCUUUUGCACGUGGCCCUUGUACUCUUCCGUACUCAACCGUAAUGCAGAAAAAAUAAUAAAAAAGUCAAUAACGAAAUAAAUAA